AUGGAGAACCCAACAUAUACCGCACCGUCGCAAUCGGCUGCCGGAAUAUCUAAGCUGAACGGGUACCAAAACACCUUGAUCCUGAAAUUUCAGAAUAUCAUUGAGCUUGCUACGGAGGAUACCGCCGAUUUAACUAUGGCUGCGACCCAAACACACCAAAUCCAAGUUCAUACUGCUGCUAUGAUCAAGACAGUCGAGGAUCUAUUAACUCUCACCAGAGCUCUCAAGGAAGCUUGGUUAUUCGGUCAAAUGGGCGAAGACGUCGCUGACCAGAAUGGGGAGAGCUCCACCGGAGUUUCUACAAAUGGCAACGAACAAAUUGACGAAGAUGCAAAAUUCGUGGUUGAAUGGCUGAGGACGAAGCUUCGCGAAGGAAACGUGACAGACGACAUAGGAGAUGGCGGUGAUGGGAAGUGA